ACGCAUCGCACAUUCCCAUGGGGUGGUAUCGGUGGGCCGUUCCAUUCCGUCGCUGGCGGCCCUUUAUCCGGCCCCCUUUUAUCAGCGCAGUUCAUUGGCAUGUGGCCGCGGGCAGCAAUGCGUGCGAUGUGUGUGUGUGUUGUUCUGAGAAGAAGCGCUACGUCACGAGAGUAAACAUUGCUCCACCACGGGUUUCGGACCAUGUUUCGGAGGGGCACACACAUACGUCACGAUGACGCCAGUCGUAAAAAGCGGUCAGAGAACGAUAAACGUUUUGGAACGACCGGGAAACACACACGCGCACACACACACACACACACCUCACACUGUUCACGUCUUGGGCACUGUAUACUUGUUCUCCGCACACACUCGCUGGAUGAUGGCAGCGUUUGUUGUUUGCUGUCAUUCGUGUAUCAUAUGGGGCAUAAAUUAGUGCCAUCCCCCAGACGAGAAUAGUCCAAGUUCGCAAAACAGCAGCGCACGGUCACGGAUACGCGGCGACCACACAAACAGCGUGCUGCUACACCUUUGUGGGCUCGACGGUGGACAACAACAAGAAGACGACAGUCUUUCAACUCGAAUGAGUGGGACCCAAUUAAAGAUAAAAUAACAAUACAGGAAUUUUUAAAGCAGCCGAUCGGAAAUGAAGCAUGUUCGUAGAAACGCACGAUAAUCCACCACUCACGCACAAAGGACGAAUCAAAAUCUACUCUUAAUUAAGUGUAAUAACUUCUUCGGCUCGAUUGCACCGGUGCGAAUCGGGUCGCGGCAUAGCAAAGGUUGACACAGUGCCAUUAUUCCGCCGAUCGCUAACCCAGCCCCCGGGUAUACACCACGUGGUUGGCACGUGGUGCGUAAGAAGGUGGAAAACAUGCUAAACAAAGCACAAAAGCUAGUGCUCGGAAUAGUGUUACUGGUGCUGGUCGAUAUUAUAUGGGUUUCGUCGAGCGAACUAACCAAGUUCUUGUACGAAAAUGAAAACUACGACAAACCGUUCUUCUGCACCUACUUCAAAGCGUCGAUGUUCACCAUAUACUUGAUAGUGCUCGGGUUGAUAGCACCGUGGAAGGAAAGCUGCACCCGGAAUGGGAACUACUCGCUGAUGGACACGAUCGAGGAGGACGAAGGAUACUACGCCAAUGGGACGUCUAGCUUGAGCGAUUCUUCCUUCGUGCCCAUCAAAACGGACUCGCAAGUGUCCGGUACGGAAAGCGAUGAUUCUAGCAUACGCAGCGUGCGGUUCAGCAAGGUGACCGAGGUCCGCGAAAUGUCCCCACACGAAGCGUCCGAAGCGCUGAUGUCGCGCCUGUCGUACGCUGCCAGUUUGCGGGUUCAUCGUCAAAAAUCACACCACAAAACGGCCCGAACGGCGCUACUGUUUUGUGUUCUGUGGUUUAUUGCCAACUAUAUGUUCCAGCUGGCUCUGGAACCGAGUGAAACGGCAAUGGUAACGCUGCUCAGCUCUAGCUCGAGCUUUUUCACCCUCAUCCUGGCCGCCAUGUUCCCGUCGUCGUGUGGUGAUAAAUUUACCUUCUCGAAAUGUUUCGCCGUCCUGCUGAGCAUGGCAGGAGCGGUGAUGGUUUCGCUGUCGGAAAUCGAUCAACCGAAGAUGUCGCGCGGGAUCGUGCUCGCCCUACUAAGUGCAUUCUUCUACGCGUCCUAUCUGGUGCUAGUCAAGCGUAAAAGCGACACCGAGGAAAAGAUCAGCAUCCCACUGUUCUUUGGGUUCGUGGGGCUGUGGAAUCUGCUACUGCUCUGGCCGCUGCUGUUCGUGCUAAACUUUUCCCAACUCGAAGUGUUUGAGCUACCGUCGCGACGGCAGUUUAUUGUACUUUUUGUCAACGGGCUUGUCGGCACGGUGCUGUCGGAAGCUUUAUGGCUAUGGGGCUGUUUUCUAACGUCAUCGCUUAUCGGUACGGUGGCCAUAUCGCUGCAGAUCCCGCUAGCCAUGCUGUUCGAUAUGGUGCUGCACGGUAAAACGUACCCGCUGCUCUUCUAUCUCGGUUCGCUGCCCAUGUUCCUUUCGCUCGUGCUGGUCGCGUUUCUGGUCAAGUUCGACGACUGUGAUCCGCUGCUAAAGUUUGGCAAGCUCAUGUACCGACGGUUGUGGAACUGUCGGAAGGCGAACGUCGUGCGAAUACCGGACCUGGAGGAGCAGCACGAAUCGCUCAUCGAUGGUAGUCACGAAAAUUAGGCAGACAGCGAUGCGAGCGCGACUUUUUCCUGCUUUAAGUUUAACAUCACCGCCCACCGUACACCGGUCGGUGUUCCUACAUUUGGUUUUGCACCACAAAUCCCCUGCUGAGGAAGCAACAAAGUGAUACGGCACAGCACAAAAACGGCCCCCAGCAGCAGCCAGUCCCAGUGUGUUGGAGAGCCCUGUCUUUUUAAGGCCAUUCGAGGUCGAGUGCAAUGAACGGGGGGGAGGGGGAGAAGGGGGGGAGUAGAAGUAGGUUUUUAUCCUAGUUUGACGAUUCUGGAUCAAUUUCCUUAUUAUCUCGUAUUAUUUAAGUGAAACUUUUGGAGAUUAGUUUACAAACAUCACCAAAGUGUUCUUGCUUAAACGACACGCGUAUUUUGGCCGGGUGGCAUCCGGUUUUGUGAAUGGGCCUGCUUGGAUAAGUGUAUUUACGAUUUAGACUGCUUACGGCGGAGAAGCUUCUCCACAUCACACUUUGACACGCAAAAGAAACACUAACCCAGUUCAAAGGUUAGAAAAAAUUGUUCGAAAACAGUAUUUAGUUUACGUUGCUUCGGCAGUAUUAUGCAUUCCCCUCGGUUUAGUCAAAACUAUCGGAGGAAAAAUAUUCACAGAAAGAUUUAGUUUACUCAAAUUGAAAACAUGUCUCGAAUACGUUUUGUUUUUUAGUUUCAUUUUGACAAACUGACACGCUGGAGCGCACUCAAAUUGCUAAAUGAGAAGAGCUGUACAACCACAAUUGGCAUCAUUAAGCAAUAGUGAAAGCAAGAACAAAUCCUCGUGACCACCGCUCGAGUAAACUUCCGUAAAGCGGACAAGUGUCUUGUGUUUGCCUCGUUAGCAAAAAACCACACACACACACGCACCUAGGGAAUUGUUCGUUUAGGCGUAAUAAGAUUAAGCUAGAUGUUGUGAACAAUAAUCGGUAGCGUGCAAUAACGCACUAGAAGCGUAUGAUGGAUUUGUAUCGGGUCGUUCGUCGUACAAAACCGUUUCUACCGGGGACAAAAACCCCGACCGACCGACCGACACACACGCACUCGAGCUGUGGCCAGUAGUAGCAGCAGUUAGUAGUGGUAGUACCUAUAUUAUGUAUUUCAUUUUGUGAUUGUGAUAUAAACGUAGUGUGUAUACAUGAGGAAAUUAAGUAUUCGAAGCUGCGCUGGGAAAAAAGAAGAAGACCCAAAAGACUAACAAAAAGCAGCCACCCCACAGAUUCCCCCACAAAGUUCGAUUUUGCCACCUGCCCUUGUGUAGGUGGGGGCGAAAUGAUGUCGAUUCCCGUUGCUGCUAGUCCAUCCCCUUCGUCAAUUCCCCCGAUGUGUGUGUACAUUUGCCGUGCGUAUGUGUGUUACAAAAUAAUUUAAGCGCUACACCAAGAUAAGCCAGAAUCGAUAAGGUGUGGGGGUGUGUUUUUCGUGUUUCUAGUAGCUUGCAAAGCAAAUUCGAAACGAGCAUGUGCGCGCUCGUUAGGUAUAUUUUUGUAACAAUACUUUAUUGUCCCGACGAUCCAGUAGUGUUGUGUAUCCUUCUUCAGGGAUACAGAUCGCGAUCUUUGUCACCGUAAUGUGAAUCCUCCAACCCCGAAACCCGAGAACGACACACAGACACCCACAAAUCGCUGUUCACUUAUUAACUAAAGGCACACUGGCUUCUCUGCUCCGGCAUUCAUCCAGCACCCGGCUAUUCCUAUUGCUACUCCCAAACCCAUGUCUACAGGUAAUUCAAACAACUGUGUUCCGAACAAAACCAUAUUGAAAGACUCUCCCUAGCACACAGUAAAGUUUGCUGUACCAGGGAAUUGGAGGAAAACCCUGUUCGUGUCGUCAUUCUCUGGAGCGAUAUAAAAACACACAUUUAUACAUUCGUUAAUAACAAAAAGGAAAAAGACAAAAUCGCAAAGGAAGAAAACAAAGCAAGCGAGCAAGAGAGAGCGAGCGAGCGAGAGAGAGAGAGCGAGCGAGAGAGAGUAUGUUAAGUAAAUGCAUUCCUUGUGGUAGGAUAGGUUUUUUGUACAAUUUAUAUGUGAUACAAACAAAGCCCAUUUAUUGAUUAGAAUUUACACGCGUACACGUUCUUAGAGUGAGGAGGAGUCAAGUGCUGGCAGUGAAUAUAAAGUAUAAGUAGUGCAACUGCAAGGCACAUAAACACAACAAUAGACUAAACAAACAUGUAUGCACAUGCAUAAGAGAGAGAAAGAGAGAGAGGCGGUCGUGUAACCCUUCUCGCACACAACUUUACACCAGUAGCCAUACAAUAAUGAGACGGGAAGAUGGGGGGGGGGGGGGGGGGGUGAUAAUGUGGUCGGCGGCGUUUAUUGAUAUGAGUAUGUAUUAUAUCUUAAGUAUUGUGUGACUCUCCCCGAGUGUGGAUGGACGAACAGGCGCGCGUGUUGUACUAUACCUCUACCAACCCAGAACAACCCACUUACACAGCCACAGACAGGCAUCACUACGUAGGGUUUUGUCCUGAUCUGAAACCAGAACGAUCGCAGUCAGGCAUUUGAGGCGGGUUCGGCGCUAAACACAUAUGUAAGCAGGUCGUUGAAGGGUAGAAGGAACAGCCGCUCCACAUCCAACCGAGAAUACCUUUGAAAUUGAAAAACAUACACACAUACACAUAUAAACGAACAAAACCAACAUCCAAAAAAA